UCAAUUUUCUUUCGUCCACCAUUAUUCUCUGAAAACCCCUGCUCACCACUUCCAUGGAAGCUCUUUCUUCAACCUCUCUAUUCUUUCCUGCUUUUCAAGAAUCAUUCCCUAAGCCUGCUUCCUCCCUCGUAAUUAACUUAUCUCUUCCUAAAACUAAGCUUCUCGCCGCUGUUGCCCGUGAAGUUUCAGGUGACGCCGAAGAUGAUCAACAACUACAUCUUCACAAUGUCCUUGAUUUUUCUCCUCAACAACCUUCCUCUUCUACUUCUUCGGGCUUGGAUAAGAAAUCAGAUCUUGUGACAUCUCCUUCGGAAACACAUGGAGUAGGAACUGGAGGAGGCACCAAGGCUGGUCUUUUCAGAACCCCAAUAUCUGGGGGAGUGCAGAGUGCAACCUCUGUUCAUGACUUACCUAGACCAGCCUUGGCAGUCCGCAAUCUGAUGGAACAGGCUAGGUUUGCUCACCUGUCUACUUCAAUGUCUCGGAUGCACCAACGAAGCAAAGGAUACCCAUUUGGUUCACUAGUAGAUUUUGCACCAGAUGCAAUGGGACAUCCAAUAUUUUCUUUUUCACACUUGGGUAUCCACACAAGAAAUCUCUUAGCCGAUCCAAGGUGUACAUUGGUCGUUCAGAUACCUGGAUGGAGCGGCUUAUCGAAUGCAAGGGUUACAAUUUUUGGUGAUGUUUACCCUCUUGCGGAAGAUCAACAGGAAUGGGCACAUAAGCAGUAUAUAGCAAAACAUCAACAGGGGCCUUCGCAGCAAUGGGGAAACUUUUACUACUUUAGGAUGCAGAAUAUAAGUGAUAUAUAUUUUAUUGGAGGUUUUGGCACUGUUGCUUGGGUUAAUGUCAAGGAAUAUGAAGCUCUUCAACCUGAUGAGAUUGCUGUUAAUGGCGGUGAGCAGAACCUGAAGGAGUUGAAUGCUAUAUUUUCCAAACCCCUAAAAGAACUACUAUCGUUGGAGAGUGAAGUGGAUGAUGCUUCGUUGAUAUCAAUAGACAGCAAGGGGACAGAUAUUCGUGUGCGUCAAGGUGCACAGUUUAACAUUCAGAGGUUGGUAUUUGAAGAAUGGGAUGGGAUUAAAACGGUGGAGGAAGCGAAAGCAGCACUGUGGAAGUUGAUAAAGAGAGGCGGUGUGUACAGGGUGCACAAGUAAGAAAGAAAGGUGGUUUUUAGUUGGGAGGUAUAAAAACUUGUCUCCCCUGAAUGCUUGUGUUUUACUACAAUACAACAACAGUUAACAUGGAGACUUAGUUGGGAUUUGGAUUUGGAUUAGGAGUUUUUGUUUUUGAUAUUUAAUAAAACAACAAUUUAUUUUAAUAAUAUUGGCCUGGAAGAGGGUGUUAUGUUUUACAUUAAUCAAGGGCAGCAGGCAGGAAGUAAUCAACAAGAAUGGGGAUGUGAACCUUGUAAGAGUGAGUAUAUACCAUAAAUUGGUUUG